AUGCCCGAGGCCAUCGAGAGCUAUCAAAUCAAGCAAGAUAUCAAGAAAGCCUACGAUGAAACUGCUGAAGUCUAUCUAAGCUGGACACAACCCACGCAUGAACUGCGCCUUUCUUAUCUCGAUCGCAUGCUUCAAUCUCUUGAUUCGGUCAAGGCAAACCACCCAGCUCGCAUUCUCGAAUUAGGAUGUGGCGCCGGCGUACCCUGCACCCAACUCUUGGCAUCGCGUGAACAUCUUAGCGUCACUGCAAAUGACAUAUCCGAGACCCAGAUUGCCCUGGCCAGAAAACGACUUCCUCCCUCCGUGCAGCUCAUACAAGGGGAUAUGAUGCAGUUGGAAUUCGCCCCGGAGCAAUUCGAUGCUGUGAUGGCUAUGUAUUCUAUUAUUCACCUUCCAAGGACCGAACAAACAACUAUCCUCAGUGGCAUUUUCAAUUGGCUAAAACCCGGGGGCCGGUUUCUGGCAAAUUUCUCCGAGGCUGCAUUUGAGAGCGCUUCUAAUGAAUCUUGGUUGGGCGCUACCAAAGGUACGAUGCAUUGGAGUAGCUGGGGCAGAGAAGAGUUGAUGAGAAUUCUCAUCGAGAUUGGCUAUGAGAUAGAGAUUGAUGAGGUUAUUGUGGAUGUUGAAGAAGAAAAUGGAGUCUCACGCGAUGUGCCCUUUCACUGGGUCCUAGCCAAGAAAUGA